AUGUGUACUAAGGGGCAAAUCAAGUAUCGAGAUCAAAGCGGCAGUGUCCAUGAAUUCGUCCCAGAUUCAAAAUUGCUCCUCACUGGUCGGUCGGGCCUGACGAUCGAACCUGCGUCACUGCUGUGUGGUUACAUCAUCAUUCUGCCACGCCCACCACUAAUGGACAAAACUUGUAAAGCAUGGGGUGGAGCGGAGAAGGUGAAUUACCAGCAAACCAGCUCCCCAAACGCUAACAACAACAACAACAACAACAACAACAACAACAAUAGCAAUAGCAAGAACAAAAGCGGUGGCGGCAACGACGAGAUUGAUAGCCACAGCAACAGUGCCAGCGGCAGCGAUCAUCGUCAUAGUUACCAUUACCACCAGCAACAGCAGCAGCAGCAGCAACAUCAUCAUCAUCACCAUCACCACCACCCGUACCAGAAGUCCCCCCAUCAUUACAGCGACAACAGUAGAAGCAGCGACGAUAAUAAAAACAACAGCGACGGUCAAGAGAGUAGCCACCAACAACACUAUCAGCAGGAGCAGCAACAACACCAACACCAACUGCAAAAACGUGAGGACCGCAGUGGUGCCCAAAGUAGCCCCCACCACAACGACGCUCGCUACCAUCAUCACCCUCAACAACAGCAACAGCAAAACAACAACAACAACAGCAGCAGUAGUAGUAGUAGUAGUAGUGGUGGUAGUAGUAGUAGUAGUAGUAGUAGUGGUAGUAGUAGUAGGAGUACUAGCAAUAGUAAUACCAACAGUAGCAGCAACGUUACAGAUAAUAACAAUAAAGCCAGUAACAACAACAACAGCAGUAACAACAACGGUAACAAGAACAAUAGCGGCACUCGAGACAAUCAAACCAUGGCCCACCAUCGGAUAGUUGUGAAGAAGGAGCCCGGUUUGUGUUCGUCGUCGGCUGAUCACUGGAGUCACCUGACGCCGAUGCCCAUUCCAGCCACGCUACCUUCGGACGUUAUGGCCGGAAGUCCAAAUAUCCCAAGCAUGCCCGACCCUAAAUCCGCGUUCGCUUCGCCGUAUUAUCCCGGAGUGCUCAACAUGCAUAGUAGACCCCGGGGCUUGUAUUUAACCAACAGUCUCAAAAUGCAACAUGCCACAUCAUCCCCGUCGCCACUCCAAGCGCCACCAACGUCACAGUCUCAUACAGCACAUGCACAAACAUCGGCGUCUUCGACGGCGGCGGCACCAGUUCCGCUUACCCUCACACAGACUACAUCAGCAACGGAUAACAUUUUAAUGAACCAAGCGGAAACCUUAUCGCAACAGCGCAACAUUAGUAGCCCGCGAUUGGGUUCCGCUCAUCUCGGAAGAGAUCUAUCUUCCAUAUGUCUAUCGGCCCCUUCUGUCAAGGUGGACAUAGAACAGCCUAUGUAUACCCUCUCCUGUCCUAAAGACAAAACUGGCGACGGUCUGGAUGCGGAGAGUGCCUUGGUGUACGAAAAGCAGUAUUACACUUCGCCAGGUAAGACACUCAGUUUCCAACUAAACUAACCCAUUUGCUUUACU